AAGGAAUUUGAAUUCGGGAAGCGUUAGCGGCCGCUGGAGAAGAGCGAGGGGGCGGGAGUGGCAAUAAUGGACAAAACUGGUAAAGAGAAUCUGAGUGGGCUUCCAAGUCAUAAUGUCAAGACAGCUGUUGCGGAUGGUCCAAAACGAGUUCCUGUGAGUCAAAAUCGGGCACCUGGAAAUGUAGUCCAACCACAGCGUGUUUUGGCUGCUUCAAAUGUUCCCCAGCGAGUGCCUAUUCAGUCAAAGGCACAGAAACCUGUUUCCCAUCCAAAACGUCCCAACCAGUUAAUUCAGCAGCAGCAGCGUCCAACAGCAACUCAGGUUCAACCAAUAUCUGCAACUAGAGUUCAAAAUAAACCAACUGAAACCUCUCAACAGACCUCCCAGACUGCAAAAAAACCCGAAGCAGAAACUGUAUCGAAUCAGAAGAGUGAAACUACGGGGGUGUCAAAUACAAAAAAUGCAGCCAAAAAAAAACAGUGGUCUCUUGAUGAUUUUGAAAUCGGUCGUCCUUUGGGAAAAGGAAAAUUUGGAAAUGUGUAUUUGGCACGUGAGAAGGAGAGCAAAUUCAUCUUGGCAUUGAAGGUCUUGUUUAAAGUGCAGUUGGAAAAAGCAGGUGUAGAGCAUCAGCUGCGUCGGGAAGUAGAAAUACAGUCUCAUCUUAGGCAUCCCAAUAUUCUCAGAUUGUAUGGCUAUUUCCAUGAUGCUACAAGAGUCUACCUAAUCCUGGAGCACGCACCUCAUGGGGAAGUGUAUAAAGAGCUUCAGAAGCUUACCAAGUUUGAUGAGCAGCGAACUGCUACGUACAUCACUGAACUGGCAGACGCGCUGUUAUAUUGCCACUCAAAAAGAGUAAUUCAUCGGGACAUAAAGCCUGAAAACUUGCUGCUGGGAUCAAAUGGAGAACUGAAGAUUGCCGACUUUGGGUGGUCUGUGCACGCUCCCUCUUCAAGAAGAUCAACUCUGUGUGGUACCCUUGACUACCUACCGCCUGAAAUGAUUGAAGGGAGGACGCAUGAUGAGAAGGUGGACCUGUGGAGCAUCGGUGUACUCUGUUACGAAUUUCUAGUAGGAAAGCCUCCGUUUGAAGCAAAAACCUACCAGGAAACAUACAGAGCCAUUUCAAAGGUGGAGUACAGAUUUCCUCCUUUUGUAACAGAGGGAGCAAGAGAUCUGAUUUCAAAGCUCCUGAAGCAUAAUCCGUACCACAGGCUGCCACUGGAAGAAGUGCUCAAACACCCCUGGGUUACAGCAAACUCUACAAAAGCUCCCAGGCAGCAACUCACUGAAGCCACUAACACUAAAGCAAUCCAGUCAUAGUCCAAGGAGCUCUGCAGGACUGUAGCUUGUGGCAGGAAAUAGUUGUGAUUACAGCUAUUGUAGCGCACCCAACAUAGGCUGCUGACAGUUGGACUCAAGAAAGGCAGAGGAGAAUACGAAUUACAAGCUGUUGAUUGUGAACUUGAUAACAUUGCAGCUCAAACCUUAUAGGGCUCUCCAGUGCAAUUUCACAGGGCAUGGGUACCUUUUACUUGAAGUCCAGUUGCACAUGAUCCAAACACACCCGGGUACAGUUGGUCGAGGCCCUCAGCCAUUUGGCUGAUAUCCACCAGGUGCCCUUUUUGGGGUUAUUGGAACAGUGCAAUAAUACUGAAGACUACGGAAGUGUGGUGAUGUGAAAUUGAUUGAAUUUGCCUCCAAAUGUGUGCUGAUAAUUGUGAAGUCUCUUUAAUUGUCUGUCCUGUCUUUAGUUGUAAGGCAUUUGAAGCAUUUAUUAAAUAAAGA